AUGCACGGUGCAGGACCCCUUGCGGUCUUCUGCGUGCUUGCUGCAUGCCUGCUUACCGUGGCUCAAGCGAGGGACUCUUUGACCGUGGAUCGAACGCUUCGCUUGCGCGCAGAUGGCAGCUUCAAGAUCGUCCAGUUCGCCGACAUCCACUUUGGUGAGGGCGAGGACGUGUGGUGGGGUCCCGUGCAGGACACCAACUCGACCAGGCUCAUGCGUGCCGUGCUGCAGUACGCCACCACCAUCAUCCUCCCCUUCCAGAACGGCGGGUAUCGAUGGGCCGCUGUCUUUGGCAACCACGACGAUCUCGCCGACGGCUCAGGCGGUAGAAGGAGUGAUUUGAUGAGAUUCGACACUUCGUUUCCGCUCUCGCUUUCCCACUUCGGCCCGCCGUCACUGCACGGAGUGAGCAACUACUACCUGCCCAUCCUGCCCCACGCGGCCAGCUCUGCUGUCGAUGCUCCCGUCAGUUUGCUUUACCUGUUCGACACUGGCGGCGGACGCCUGCCGGAGAUCGUGGACAAGGCGCAGGUGGAUUGGUACCGCAACCUUUCGGCCUCUCUGCGACAGCAACAGGACCCGACCAAGCGCCCGGUGCCCGCGCUGGCGUUCUUCCACAUCCCGCUGGAGCACUACGACGCCAUCUUCUCGCCCACCGACAAGGAGUGCUUCGGUGAAGCGGACGAUGAUGUCACGCCGGUGGAUACAAGCAAUGGGCUGUUCGAGGCCUUUGUGGAGAUGGGCGACGUGAGGGCGACGUUCGUGGGCCACGACCACGGCAACGACUGGUGUUGCCAGCAGAAGGGCGUCCAUCUGUGCUUUGGCCGACACUCUGGCUACGGUGGAUACGGCACGUGGGCUCGAGGCGCCCGAGUGAUCGAGCUUCGACAAUUCUCACAGAAUGAGAUGCUGGCCAAGACGUGGGUGCGAAUGGAGGACGGGAGCAUCAGAGACGGUGGCCAGCUGUUUUGA